UUUCUGUUCAAAUUUCAGACUCUAAUGGUUUUUGCUAUUUAACUGAACACAAAUUUUCCUUCAUUUUUUAUUAUCUUAUACUCUUAAAAAAUAUUUUAUUUUAUUUUUUUUCUUCUCAAAACUCCCCUCUUUCACAUAAUUUUUGUAAAAUUUUAUCUUCUCUUACAAAAAAUUUAUUUAACUCAACUCUGUGUGGGGCGCAGUCUUCACCAUUUUUUCUUCACUGGUCACUCAACUAAUCGAAUGUGGUUAAUAAAAGAAGAGAACGAAGAGAAGUGGUGCCCUUUGCCCUCUCGUGAUGUUAAAAAAUGGAAGAAAAAAGAGAAGAGGGAAAAAUGGAUUUUUUUGUGUGUGAACGGAGGGAAGGAGGGAGGAAGGGAAGGGAAGAAAGAAGGGAAGGGAAGGGAAGAGACUUGGUGUGUGGACAUUGGACAUUAAAAAAAAAUUUUUUUUUGUGAGUAAAGGAACGCUAAAAAUGCAACAAAAAUUGUGAUGGAAAGAAUGAUUUUU